AUGAGCUAUAAUAACAAAAAUAAUAGAAGAUAUAAAAAUUUGUUAGAUGAAAUCGAUAUAAAUAAUAUGGAAAAUAAUAAUAAUAAUAAUAAUAAUAGUAACAAUGAACAACAAAGAUCAAAUAUAGAUAAUCUACCAAGAAGAUCAUCUUUCGUCAGAAAAUAUCCAUAUGCUGAUGGAUAUUCAAGAUCUUCUCAACCACCACAACAACAAUUUCUACAAGUACCAUCUCAUAUAGUAGAUUAUUCAUUGUCUCCAUCAUUAGGAAGGAAUUCAAUAUAUGAUUCUUAUCAUAGAAGAAGACAUAGACCUUCAAUUUCUCAUAUGGAUUUAUUCCACCAAGCGGAUGAUCUAAGUGACUAUGAGGAAGAAGAUGACCCUGCAGCUCUACACCAUCAUGAAUAUGAAUUGCCAAGGCUGAAAGCACAACAACAAGAACAGCAGCAACAACAAUCGGUUUCAAUUCUUGAGGAUUUCAUUGAUAAUGAUAUAGGAUGUUUGGUUACCAAGACAGCUUUGAUCAUUCCAUUCCAAUAUAGCAAUCAUCAAUCUCCUACAACAUAUUGGCUUCAGGGUUUACUGGAUCGUCGUCUCAUUGCCAAAGAUGGAAAGAGUAGCGUUGCAGUCUGGCAGAUGCAAACCGUGUUACCAAGAGAGUUGGAGGAACUAAGUCGUCAAUUUAAAAACAUCAUUGGUGUCAACCAAAAGGAUAUCGAUGCAAAAUCAACUUGGCGUUGUCGUCGUCUUCAAAUGACAGAGAAAGCACAGGCAAUGGUAUUCCCACAACCGAAACUGUGGACAGUUGAAGAGGGUGAAGGUCAACAGCCAAAGAAUAUCUAUAAGCAAGUCAAGUUUGAAUCGGUCAAUCUCAUUGUUUAUCCGCUUGGCGUUGGUAUUCUAGUAUUCAACAUCGAUUGGAUGCCAGAGGUUGGUCAUGUACAUGAAGAUGCAUCCAGUCACCACAGCAACAUGGGACCAAGCAAAACAUUCCCAUUGGAAGAGUUUAGAACAUGGUUAUAUGUAUCUAAAUUCCGUCAUAAAGUAAGAAAGGUUGCUAAUGGAUGGAGUUUUAAAGAGCUAGUUGUAGAUACCACUCAACAGCAAACACAACAACAACCAGGUCAACAUCAACAUACUGGAGAUAUUAAUGUUAAUCAACAAGGUGAAAAGCAAAGUCAACAACAGCAGCAAGCACAACAAGUACCAUCUUCAAUGAAAAGUCAAGAAGUAAUUGAGGAAUCACAUCUUGAAUCCAUUGGAAGAAAGAUGGUAAAGUCAAUCUACAAGGAUAAAACAGUAUCGUUGAACACCAUUGCCAAUUGGCUACUGUUGGUUGCCAGUGAAGAUCCAAACAAUUUGAUACCAAAGGUUGGAACAGGUGGACAUGCUCACCACCAUACUACGGUGAUACUCGAUCGCCAACCAAGCUAUCUGACUCUACAAACCUAUUUGUUCCAUUUGCGACGUGCUCUUGGACAAAAGAAUAGACCACCACUCAACGAAAUGAACGAUGACCAGAAUGGAAUGUUGGAUAGGAUUCUGGUGCCUAGAUUGAACAGGUACAUCGGUAUCUCCAGAGAGGGAAUCGCUUGUAUCUCGUGGUCAGUCGAGAAUCAACAUGAAAGCAGUGUUUUGAACUGGCACAGCAAGUUCCAAGGAGUCUAUUUGGUGCUGGCACUUCACGCUCAUGCAGAACGGGCAGUUCUCGAGGAGUUGAGCACAAUGGCGUCGCUACAAGCAGAGUCGAUGCGACUCGAAUUCGAAAGAACAACACUUGAUGAACUGACGAAUUCGCGUGGAUUGGCAAAGUUGGUGGCACGUUUCACCAUAUCAAUGUCAUCCGAUGACUGUGGAGGUCAGUCGGAGUUCUCAGAGUUUUUCUUGGCGAUGCGUCGUGUCUUUGGUAUUCCUUCGCAGAGAAAAGAACUACGUGAAGAACUCGAGGAUACGCUGGCGUUGUUGGAAAACGAUUAUCUAGAGGAACGACGUCGUGUUAAAUUCGAAGAGCAACGCGAUGAACGAGCCGAUAGAGAUCGUGCCAAAAUACAGAGAUACAAGAAAGAGAAUGCAAAGUAUAGAUAUGAGCUAUUGGUAUCUGCGUUCUCUGCAUUCACAAUUCCAGCAGUUUUAUUAUCAAGUAUCUAUGGAAUGAACUUGGAAGAUCUCCCAAUCCUACCAUUCUAUGCAAUUAUUUUAAUUAUGAUCGUAGUAUCACUUAUCUUGCUAUCUGUUUUCAUGUUGGUAAAGAGAGGUAUAGAUAGGAAUGCAAUCAACGAAGAUGUUUAA